AUGCCACCUUCUUCCAAAGGAAAAAGAAAAGCCAGAAAUCAGAAUAGAAAUAGUGAAGGUCGAUAUUGUAAUCCCAAAAAAGUUCUUCACAUCUUAGUAAUUUUAACUGAUCAAGAAAAUCUGGAAGAUGAAUUUGGUGAACUAUAUAAUAGUGACAGAGAAGGUGAGUUAAAUGUUAGCGAUAGAAAAGAAAGUAAAGAUGAUAGUUGGAAUAAAUAUGAUGAAUUAAAUGUUAGUGAUUUAGAGACACCGAAGUUAACUUAUUAUGAUAAGUAUGGGCCAAAUGGUAUCUUUACUAAAGCGGCAGUUGGUACCAAAAAAAUUACCAGUUUUUUUAAUAACAUUGAGACACAAGUUAUAAAUCUACAGCCUAACGAGUUAGAUAAGGCCUCAAGCGAUUUAGAAAGUGAAACUAACUUAUAUGUCUAUAAAAUAAAUAAAAGAACAAAAGAUUUAAAAAAACAAUUAGAACAAAAUCAUGGUACAUUAACAGUUAAAGAGUAUAAUUAUAAAAGAGCUAUUUUUGAAUAUUUUAGUUUGUUGAGUAAUAAUAAUAGUCGUGGCAAAAUUAAAGCUAGUUUGGAGGUUGCGCGGAAGGUCUUUAUUGAUGGUGGUGUGUGA